AUGGACACCAUCUUCGGCUUUGUUGGGGCAGAUUUCGUUCUAUUAGGUGCUGACCGCUCUACAAAUUUCUCUAUUGUGAGACUUACAGACACUGAAGAUAAAAUUUUUUCAAUCGACAGCAAUAAACUUUUGGCAACAGCUGGAGAUCCCAAUCUUCGCUCUGAUUUCGGAAGUUUAAUGCAAAAGAACAUGCAUUUAUAUCAUCUCAGAAAUGGAAUCAAAUUAAGCACUCAUGGCACUGCUCAUUUUAUAAGGACUUAUGUUGCAGAAGGUCUGAGAAAAAGCCCAUCAUAUACUGAUAUGCUAUUAGCAGGCUUUGAUGAAAGCGGCCCUUCCCUAUAUUAUCUUGACUACUUAGGCGUAGUUCAGAAAAUUCGUGUUGGAUCUCACGGGCAUGCUGGAUCUUUUAUUCUCGGACUUUUAGACAAUUGGUGGAGUCCUGUAAAUUUUAUUUAGAACAUGACUCUUGAGGAAGCCAAAGAAGUCGCCAAAAAAUGCGUGAAUGAGGUGAAGACCAGGUUUUUAGUUGCUCAGCCAGAAUUCAUCAUAAAAAUAGCUGAUAAGGUAAGAAAUAUUCAGAAUGGAGUGACGGAGUUAGAAUUAUCAGCCUAA